GCUUAUAUUUGUUUCCACACUAUACACCCCUUUUUUUCAGUAGUAUUUGUAAUAUCGCUUUAACACAAAACCACCCAGAAACACUUCGCUUACACACACCAGACACUCCUACAACAACAUUUAAUGAUCGCCGAAAACCCGGAAGCACCAAACGCUUCUAGAAGAUAUGGAUGAAGAGGGUGUUUCUGACCACUCACCUGGUCCGGAUUCCGCCGACAGUGGCGAUGAAGCCGACUUUAUCGAAGGAGUGGAUCCAUCCCAGGACGUUCUUGAUGAUGUCGAGGAGGAGACUGAGGAAUCCUGCUCCUCUCAGGCAUCUCAGGACAUUGUUGAUGUUGAGGAGGAGACUGAAGCAUCCUGCUCCUCUCAGGCACCCACCACCCUAGAGGGAGGCUGUGGGACAGGAAGGGGUCCUUCCACUGCCAAGCGCUCCAGGUCAGAGACUCUCCCUGAUGAUGUAGCUGGCUGGAGAACUGCAGAUGAGCCUGACAUCUUGCCCCAUCCUCCAUCACUUUUCCUGCCCAAAAGAAGGCCAGGUUUGCAGCCAUCUCUUGCACAAAAUGUGGACAAUCCCUCUCCAGCUGAACUCUUCAGGCUGUAUUUUGACCAGGCCACAAUCAAAACACUGUGUGCCAACACUAAUAAAAAUGCAGCAAAAAACAUUGCUGCAGGCAAGAAAUUCAAAUGGACUGACGUCACAGAGGCUGAAAUGCAUCGGUACAUUGGAAUGACGCUCUACACUGGGAUUCCAAAGCUGCCACAGCUCAGAGACUUCUGGCGCACCAGCUCCAUCUUUAGUAUGUCAUUUCCAUCAAAGGUCAUGUCCAGAGACCGGUUCCUCGCCAUAAAUUGGAACAUUCACAUGAGUGACCCUGUGGAAGAUGCCUUCAAUGACAGCAAAAAAGGCACAAAUGACUAUGACUGUCUGCACAGAAUACGUCCCCUGUAUGACAGCUUACGUGUGGCCUGCAAAGCUGUGUACCACCCCCAGCAAAGGCUCUCUGUGGAUGAGCGCAUGGCAGCCACCAAUGCCAGGAUUGCCCUGAAGCAGAACAUAAAGAAUCAACCAACAAAGCCAGAGAUCAAACUUUUUGUGCUACUAGACAACACAGGCUACACUGUAGACUUUAACAUCUACACAGGCAGGUCUGCUUUGGCAACUGGGAAGGGGCUGUCCUUCGAUGCUGUGAUGUCACUCAUGAAUAAAAACUACCUUGGAUCUGGCUAUCACAUUUAUUGUGAUAAUUUUUAUACCAGCACAGCACUGUUCCUCCACCUUCAUGCCCAGGGGUUUGGAGCCUGUGGGACAUAUAGAGACACAAGAAUCGGUGUCCCAAAGACAAAAGUAAAUGCCCUAACUAGAGAAUCUCCUCGAGGGACCAUCAGGUGGAUCAGAGAGGGAGCUCUCCUCUUCAUCAAAUGGAUGGACACGAGGGAGGUGAGUGUGUGCUCCACUCUGCACACUGCUUUCUCAGGGGACACAGUGAAAAGAACCUGCAAGGCUGGUGGAAAACACAGAGCAGUCAAGGUGCCAGUGCCAUCAGCUGUAAAGGACUACAACCACGUCAUGGGGGAAGUCGACCUGUCAGACCAGCUGAUCGGCUCCUAUUCUUCAUGGAGAAAGAGCAAGAAGUGGUAUGUGACAGUGCUGCAUCACUUUAUUGACAUAGCUGUAACAAACAGCUAUUUACUCCACAAGGAGCUGUGCAGCAGACUGGAGCAGCAGCCGCUGACGCACCAGGCUUUCCUGGAGCAGCUGACAGCUGAGCUCUGUGCUGUCCCACCACCCUCACCAGUCCAGGAGAGCUACCAGCACAUCCCUGUUGCCAUUGCUGAAGGGGCAUCUGGCUCAAAGAAAGCCACACAGGGGCGCUGUAAGUGCAGGCUAUGUGGGAAGUGCACUCCCUUCAUGUGUGAGGCAUGUAAAGUGCCUCUGUGUUUGAUUGUGGACAGGAACUGUCACAAGAUUUAUCACAGCUCCACCAGUGCUACUGAAAAAUAAUGGGACUGUGCCUGACACUUGCAACUUUGUUUGCACUAUUAUAAAUAGUUUAUUUUGAUGUUGAUGUUCUCUUUCUGCUCUUGUAUCUUGGAAAAAAAAAGUUCAUGUGUGCAGUGUCAAAACAGUAAAAUGAUUUUUUAAUUUUUUGUUUAUUGCUAUUAGUGUUUCAAAAUAGUCUUCUGCAAACAUGGAUGCUCAAAAGUAUCUGGCACAUCUAGAGAUUGGAUUGCACUACUGUAAAAAGGUAAUUUUUUAUAAACAUACUGUCCUUUUGCACAUUGACCACAAUUUCAUUUUUACUUUUGUUUUUGCCACAGUUUGUAAAAAUGGGUGUAUUUCAUAAAUGAAGUUAUGAACACACUCUAAAUAAAUUUUGUGGUUUGAAAUGA